AUGCGGAACCCAUUUGAUCUCGACAACGAAAGCAUCGACGGCGACUCAGAACCCGGUCACGAUGAGCAGUUUGACCUCCCCGUCAGACCCCACCAAACCGAUGACGGGGACCGGGCACUCUUGCAAGAUGAGGACCGACAUGCGGACGACCUGAAGGAGCGCUUUAUCGGCACUAUCGAUCAGGGCACCACCAGCACCCGUUUCAUUAUCUUUGACUGCACAGGCGUUCCCAUCGCCAAAUACCAAACGGAGUUCCGUCAACUCCACGAACAUCCAGGAUGGCACGAGCAGGACCCUUACGAAUUGGUGGAGUCUGUCUUUAUUUGCAUUGAAGAGGCUAUGAAGUCAUUCCUUGCACUCGGUCACUCGCGGUCCGACAUUGAAGCGGUGGGAAUCACUAGUCAACGAGAAACCGCCCUUGUCUGGGACUGGGAGACCGGGGAGCCCCUGCACAAUGCCAUUACUUGGACUGAUACCCGGACCAUGAACUUGGUCCGUGAGCUCAAGGCCAAGCCGGGUGCCGAUGAACUGGUGAAUAUUUGCGGUCUACCCCUCUCCACAUACCCCUCAUCGGUUACCUUGCGAUGGAUGCUCGACAACCUACCCGAUGUCCGCUCGGCUUACGAUGAGGGCCGUGCUGCCUUCGGUACCGUCGACAGUUGGCUUAUCUACAACCUCAAUGGAGGUCCUCAAAACAAGCGUCUGGUCACCGAUGUAACCAACGCUUCACGUACCAUGUUCAUGAACCUCGAAACCCUCCAAUACGACGAUCGGCUUUUGAAAUUCUUCGACAUCGAUCCCAAGAAAAUUCGCCUCCCUGAGAUUUUCCCCUCGGCCGAUCGCGAGGGCUUUGGAGAGAUCUGCGAGGGUCCUCUGGAAGGUGUCCCAAUCACUAGUUGUCUGGGUGACCAGGCCGCGGCCUUAGUUGGUCACUGUGCCUUCACCCCCGGAUCCGCCAAAAACACUUAUGGUACCGGAUGCUUCCUUCUUUAUAACGUGGGCGAAAAGCCUGUGAUCUCGAAACACGGUCUACUUGGUACGGUCGGUUUUCAAUUGGGCCGGGAUCGCAAGCCCGUAUAUGCAUUGGAAGGCAGUGUGGCGGUGGCUGGCAGUGGUGUGUCAUUCCUUAUGAAUAAUAUGGGCUUCUUCCGCGAUUCUCGCAAGGUCAGUGAUUUGGCUGCGACUGUCCCGGACAGUGGAGGUUGCGUGUUCGUCACUGCAUUCAGUGGUCUCUUCGCACCUUAUUGGAUCGAUGACGCUAAGGGAACUAUCUUCGGUAUUACUCACCACACUCAGCGAGGACACAUUGCUCGCGCAACUAUGGAGGCUGCAUGCUUCCAAACCAAGGCCAUUUUGGACGCUAUGGAGAUGGAUAGUGGCAAGAAGCUGACAGAAUUGGCUGUGGAUGGUGGCAUGAGUAAUUCCGACAUUUGCAUGCAGACCCAAGCCGAUAUUAUCCAAAUUCCUGUCGAGCGACCUGCAAUGCACGAAACUACCGCCCUCGGUGCCGCAAUCGCCGCUGCCUUCGCCAUCGAUGUGUGGAAGGACUUCACCGACCUCAAGCAUAUGAACCGUGCCAACCGUGCCACCUUCGAACCCCAGAUUUCUAAAAAGGACAGUGGGAAGAUGUACAAACGGUGGUCUAAGGCUGUGGAGAUGUCCCGAGGCUGGAUGGACCCCAAGGUGGAUGACGAUGACGAUGACGACGACGAAUAA